AUGAAAUCUAUGGAGGAUCAAGUUGUACAGGAAGCACCAGGAUACCAAGAUGAUGAGGAAUCCUUUUUCCAGGACAUCGAUCUGUUACAGAAGCAUGGAAUUAAUGUGGCUGAUAUUAAAAAGCUGAAAUCAGUGGGAAUUUGUACAAUCAAAGGAAUUCAGAUGACGACAAGACGGGCACUAUGCAAUGUUAAGGGACUCUCAGAGGCCAAAGUGGAGAAGAUAAAAGAGGCAGCCAACAAGCUUAUAGAACCAGGAUUUCUGACUGCUUUUGAGUACAGUGAAAAAAGGAAGAUGGUGUUCUAUAUAACUACUGGAAGCCAGGAAUUUGAUAAACUCCUGGGUGGUGGAAUUGAAAGCAUGGCAAUUACAGAAGCCUUUGGAGAAUUCCGAACUGGCAAAACUCAACUUUCCCAUACUCUUUGUGUAACAGCCCAACUUCCAGGAAUGGAUGGCUACACUGGUGGGAAGAUUAUCUUCAUUGACACGGAAAACACCUUUCGUCCAGACCGUCUUCGUGACAUUGCCGAUCGCUUCAAUGCAGAUCAUGAUGCUGUUCUCGACAAUGUAUUGUACGCACGGGCAUAUACUAGUGAACAUCAGAUGGAAUUGCUUGACUAUGUAGCUGCCAAAUUCCAUGAGGAGCCCGGCAUCUUCAAACUGAUGAUAAUUGAUUCCGUUAUGGCACUAUUCCGUGUGGACUUCAGUGGUCGUGGGGAACUGGCAGAAAGGCAACAAAAACUUGCUCAGAUGCUAUCAAGGCUUCAGAAAAUAUCAGAAGAAUAUAAUGUGGCUGUGUUUAUAACUAACCAGAUGACGUCUGACCCAGGAGCAACAAUGACCUUUCAGGCAGAUCCCAAGAAACCCAUUGGGGGUCACAUUCUUGCUCAUGCUUCUACAACUAGGAUUAGCUUGCGGAAGGGAAGAGGAGAGUUACGUAUUGCCAAGAUAUACGAUAGCCCCGAAAUGCCUGAGAAUGAAGCCACAUUUGCAAUAACUGCAGGAGGAAUUGGAGAUGCCAAAGAAUAGGCAGAUCUUGAUGGUGAAGAACAGAAGCACUCCCAUCAGCAAAGUUGUAUCCAAAGUUAGUCAAUUCCUGAUUACUUGUGUUCAUUGUUUCAAAUUCAGAAUGUUCAGAACUGAAGCUUUGCUAAAGUAAUCACUGGGAAUGUUGUGAUCUUUUGAAAUUGCCCAGCAUGUUGGCUCUAUGGUGACAAGUUUGUCAUUUUCAACCUCUGAAACAUGCAGAGUUAGGUUUUUUGCAUGCCAAUACAGAUUUACAGUAUCAAGUGUCCUGCUACUAGUAAAGUGCUAAUACAAAGCAAUUUCAACAGCCUGAGGAACACCCAAUGGGCAUGACCAUUGAGGCUUACAGAGGCAUCGCAAAAUGAUGAGGGAUUAUUUUAGACAUAAUUUAUUAUUGGUUUGUGUUUCUUUUUAAGAAAUGUUUCACUUGCAAAACUCAUAUGCUAACUCAAGGACUUAACUGUUUUCAAUGCCAGGACUCUCUGCCUAGGUCUUUCAGAGCUUGGAAAAGUUACUUUUUUGAACUACAACUCCCAUCAGCUCAAUCCACUGGCCACGCUGGCUGGGGCUGAUGUGAGUUGUAGUUCAAAAAAGUAACUUUUCCAAGCUCUGGCUUUGUGUAGUUUUAUCAUAUAUGCAUGUAGAAUGGAAUACAAUAGCACUGAAAAGAAAUUGGUAUUAGCUGAUCCCCAUUUUUAAAAGUAUACGUAAUUAGAGCCUGAUGUGGGGAAAUGGAAAUAUUUUGUGCUGCAGCAAAAGUAAAAUUGUUUGUAAAGUUCUUUUUAAAGUUAAAUGAAUCUUGACAGGCUUGUUUAACUGAAGCUAAAAUGUCCAUACUUGUAUUUUGAAUAAAUUGUAAGUUACCAUUUUUUGCAUUAACUGCAAUGCCACUUCUAUCUGCUACAUGGCUAACAAGUGGAAGCCCCCAAAAGUUUA